CUUGGUCAAGGUCCAGCUAUGGAGCAGAGCUUUCUUUCAACCACAUUUAAGUCUGUCCUUACAUCUGUUUAUUCAGAUCUCCGGUGAAGCCGGUUUUUUGGCUCCGGAGCUCGGAGAGAGAAGCCAGCGCUCAGCAGCUUCUACACUGAGGAGAGAGCACAAAGGAAAUACAGAUCGGGGGAAGAGAGAGACUGACGCAGGUGAAGAAGAGAGUAUAACCUGACGCAGGAGGAGAAGACUGAAAGCUAGAGAUGGCUGAGGCACCUCAGCAGCAGCAGGAGGAAGAGGAGGAAGAGGAGCAGCCGAGCUCUGUGGAGGAGACGGAGGCUGAUGAAGAGUCUGAAGAAGAAGCGAAGGAGAGCGUCCACACGACCCCGCCCCGACCUCUGCUCUCCAUGAGGUCCAUGAGCACGGUGGACCCCGACGACGACUCCCCCAACAUGAUCGUGUACAGAAAGAUUGAAGACAUUGUCACUCUCAUCCAGGAUGAAGAGGAGGGCGUGCCCAUCAGAACUGUCAAAAGUUUCAUGACCAAAAUCCCCAGUGUUGUCACAGGUACAGAUAUUGUUCAGUGGCUGAUGAAGAACCUGGCCAUAGAGGAUCCAGCUGAGGCCAUGCACAUCGGGAGUCUCAUUGCAGCUCAGGGGUACUUCUUCCCCAUCUCAGACCACGUCCUCUCCCUCAAAGACGACGGCACUUUCUACCGCUUUCAGGCUCCAUAUUUCUGGCCGUCCAACUGUUGGGAGCCUGAGAACACGGACUAUGCCAUUUACCUGUGCAAGAGGACCAUGCAGAACAAGACCAGGCUGGAGCUGGCAGAUUAUGAGGCGGAGAACCUCGCCAGGCUACAGCGAGCCUUUGCCAGGAAGUGGGAGUUUAUCUACAUGCAGGCUGAGGCCCAGGUCAAGAUCGACAGGAAAAAGGAUAAAACCGAGAGGAAGAUCCUGGACAGCCAGGAGAGAGCCUUCUGGGACGUCCACAGACCGGUGCCUGGAUGUGUGAACACGACAGAGAUGGACAUCAGGAAAUGUAGACGCAUGAAGAACCCCCAUAGAGUUAAGAAGUCGGUGUAUGGUUUGGUGGAGGAGGGAACACAGUCGCAGAGCCCCAUACUCACUCCCUCACACCACUGCAGGAAGGGCACCAAAGAGGACGUAGAGAAAGAGAUCUUAUUCCUGAACACCCAGAUUGAUCGUCACCGUAUGAAGAUGUCUAAAGUGGCUGAAAGUCUGAUAAGCUACACCGACCAGUACAUGGACUACGACCAGUUUGUGACGGCUCAGGAACCGGCUAAUCCCUGGAACAGCGACGACCCCUCCCUCUGGGAACUGGAGGCCAGUAAGGAGCCCAGUCAGCAGCGGGUGAAGAAGUGGGGGUUCUCUCUGGAGGAGGCGCUGAAGGACCCGGCGGGACAGGAGCUCUUCCUCAAGUUCCUGGAGUCAGAGUUUAGCUCAGAAAACCUGCGGUUCUGGCUGGCGGUGCAGGACAUGAAGAGGCGGCCGCAGCAGGACGUGGCUCAGCGGGCGGAGGACAUCUGGGCCGAGUUCCUGGCGGAAGGAGCACCCAGCUCCAUCAACCUGGACUCACACAGCUACGAGCGCACCAGCCAGAACCUGAAGGACCCCGGGCGGUACAGCUACGAGGACGCACAGGACCACAUCUACAAACUGAUGAAAAGUGACAGCUACACACGCUUCCUGCGCUCCAACGUGUACCAGGACCUGCUGAUGGCAAAGAAGAAACCUGAAACGGAGCAGGGCCGACGCACCUCUCUGGAGAAGUUCACUCGCAGUGUGGGCAAGUCGCUGACGGGCAAACGGCUGACGGGUCUCAUGCAGUCGUCCUGACCAGGCUUGGAUGAAGAGUAGGAGGAACCGUAGCUGCUUGGCCCUGAGGAGCAGCUGGAAAAAGACCCUGGGGUGUUGGGUGUGGCUUUGGGAGGCGGAUGAUGGCGCCAAAACGAGCCCAGACUGCCACCAUGUUUGAAACUCACCUCAGAUCUGUUGAAGAGGACUGACAGCAUGCAAUAAGUCACCAGACCUGACACCAGGACAGUGCUGUCACAGUGUAGAGGAAAAAACAAUCUUCUUUUCUUCUUUCUACUCAAAAGCCUGCACCACGCCAGGCUUUGUUGUCACUUUGUUUUUCUGUACUAUCUACACACAUGUUGCUGGAGAGGCUUUACUUUCAGUGAUAUACACAUGGAAUGCAAAUGAGACUUAGAUUAAUGCUGUAGCUAGCUGUUUUAUCUCACGUCAUUCCCUAGGAUGAUAUAAGGGAAAGAGAGUGAGGAAGUAUACAUAUCCGCACUCUCGAGCUGAACUUCUGCUCAUUCCACACAUUGAUGUUCAAACAGGUGGAGUAGGACACCUGCUUUUUAGCAAAUGAGCUUUUUGAUCAUGUGGGAUGGCACAAGUUUGAAAACCUGUGCUUGUACAAGAGUGGUUUAGUCGGUUACAAUGUGUGUUUACAUGUCCUUCAAACUAAUGCCUGUUUUCAUGCUCAUUACAGACAAAAACUACAGAACUUUAUAUUAUUUCCUGUGAACACCUAGGUUGUUCCGGAAAGCAGGUAACAGGAAAUUAUAAUUUUUUUCGUUUCACACCUAUGACACACACAACAUAUUCUAUAUCUAUUUCUUAGGUUAUUCAGCAUAUCUACAACAAUUCUACUUUCAUAUGUUAUCACUGCCACUGUCAUUUUUAACGAGAAUGUCUUCAUUGUACAAACCACGCUGAACAAACAGAGGUGUGAUCUUGUUUUCAUCACAAGGUAAGAGCAGGUUGAUCAUAUUACAAAAACAAAGUGUGUUAAAUGAGCGCGCUGAUAUAAUGUUAGGCUUUAAUCUUCUGAACAUUCCACUUUAGGCGGCCACAAGGUUUAUAGUGGACUGACCUCCAACCAUCCUCACAUAAUGUAAAGAGGACCAUGAUAAUAAACGAGGAAUGCACAAGGAA